UAUUUUAUCUUCUCAGCGAUUCAACUAUUUAAUAACUUGCAUAUUGCAUUGUUUUCUAACAUGGAGCGGAAAGCUCCCACCGCAAAAUUGAUUGCCACUGUGCGGUAGUUCGAUUCGAGAUGCAAUCCGACACAGACCGGCACUUCGUGCCUCCCGCUUGGUUGAACGAUUCUUUCUUAAAACAAAUCAUAAGUGCCGCUAGAAAAGAUCCUUCGGUAAGCCUAUGUCACAGCUGUAAGCUUCAUCCAGGUAGUAAACCGGGUAAAAACUAUGCCAGUGUACUGUACCGAACCACGGUGCAUUUUCGUUCGGCUCGGUCACACCAGGAGCAGGCCAUCAAUUUGAUGCUGAAGACCGAAAAGCACAGCACGGUGCUGCGGGACCGAUCGCUGUUCGAAACGGAGAUUCAUAUGUACCGGGAGGUGCUACCAGCAAUGGAAAAUCUGCUGAAAAAUAUUGGAGUAUCACUAAAUACGCCCCGAUUUUUCUACACUUCGGAUCAUCCACACGGGUUGAUAGUGCUGGAGGAUCUCUUUCCUUCCGGAUGGUUUGAAAAGGAACAAAUUCUAGAGUUUGAAAAUGUUCAACCAGUUAUUCAAUCCAUUGCUAGGUUUCACGCCGCUUCCUGGAUUCUAAACGAAACGUCCAUGCAGCUCACCAACAUCAGCAACCCUAUCAUGGAGAAGAAUAUUUCCGGCCUUGGGCAGCUGUUUUGUACCCUGUUCAACCUGUUCAUUGAUUCUGUAAGCAGUUGGGAGGAAUACCGCUCCUUGGGAGCUAAACUGCGUACUCUCAAAGAUCAAUUCGUGCACAGAAUGAAACAAAUCUACCGCCCAAGUAGUGUUUCUACCGCGUACAACGUUCUGAAUCAUGGAGAUUUCCACGCUCGUAAUCUUCUACAUAAGAUAGAAACCCUGGAUAAUGGACUGGAACGAGUUCAGCAAACUGCAUUAAUCGACUUUCAGCUCUGUCACUGGGGAUCACCGGCUAUCGAUCUACUGUACUUACUGGAUUUGAUAAUCGACAGAGACCUGAAGCACUCCCGAAGGGAUCGAAUCAUUCGCGAGUAUCACGACAGUUUUGUACACUACCUGGAGCGCCUGGGACACCGGGGAUGGACUCCAAGCCUGCGGGAUUUACUGGCCGAACUAAACCGGCAUGCCUUUCUGGAGCUUGUGCAUGUGGCGGUUUUCGAGCAAAUAAGACACGCUAACAUGUCGAAAGGAAGUUGGGACGAUUUUCUCACAGGUCGGCUGGAGGACGCUGGUUUCAACAAUGCCAAGUAUCGUGCUCUUGUUCGAAAAGAUUUACCGGAUUUUCUGCGUCGAGGCGUGCUGGAAUAAUUACCUACUUUAAUGAAAUAAGGGGGCGAAAGGGGGAAAGUAUAAAGCAAACAAAGUCCAAUUUUCGUUUGCAUUUUUCUCACCACGGUCAAUAUAAUUAUAAUUAAUUUUAUGCCCGCUCAAGUGCCAAUACACGGAGCGAAUAAAUUAACGGAAUGGAACGAAGUCGACAGUCCCGGUGCGGCAUUCCAUCAUUUGAGUUAUAGCACUGACAAAAAUAUUGUAAUUCUGGUUAGGUCUGCUUAAUUUCGUUUCCAUCUCAAACGACACUAGGAAAUGGAAGGCAAUCUAGAUUCUAGAAGAAGAAAGAGCCAUAAAUCCGACAUGCAUAAUAAAUAUUUGAUAUAUUUUCUUUGAGUGUAGGAGCGCUUCUCGGAGUCGUUCUUCAAGGAAACCGGUAAAGUGCCAACCAUUCAUCAACGUGUACCUACUUUGGUCGGAAGUUUGCCAACUUUCGGAAGGGUUUCUAUUUGUUCCCUUUCGUUUUUUUCCUCUUGGAGUUGUCGACUUAAAAUUCACCAGUCGGUUCUCGUUCAACCUAGUACGGCGGUGUUGGCGGCCAGCAUCCAUUAGCUCUUCGGACUCAUUAGCGACGAUCCGAAGCCAGAGUCCACCGCUUCCCGGAUGCCAGAAUGGCAGGAAGUGAUUAAUUCGUUCUCUUUCAAAAUAGAAAAUUUCUAAAGCAAUCGACACCAGACCGACAACGACGACGGCGUUGCGUUGGACGGCCUCCGGGCUGGACAAAUUUGCCCCCUUCGGGGAGUUACUUUAUGAUUUUUGCGCCGCGGAAAAAGGUUAAUCCCUCGGUUACUUUUCCGGCUUGCAGUUUGAUGUUCUCUGCCACUGUGGUGUCGGUAACGAGCGGGAAACCAUCGCAUCGGCGGCGUCUGAUAGCUCCGUCCGGUUGGGUCAUAAUUUUAAAUUAUUAUUUUAAUUAGUCGGAAACUUGUUUUCGGGGAUUAGCCGAAGUCGUUAUUUUUACACCCGAGCAAGUUGAUGAAUUUCAAUUAAAGCUCUCAGUUUUGUUAGUGGUAUUAGACGGGACGAACCGCAGAGUGUGACCUUGGAAGGUGAAAAGGACGGAAUGGCCUAGUGACGGAAUCACAGCCAGUUAUGAAAAAAAAACAAUAAGCUAAAGUCGACCAUAAAAGGCAAAACCACAUCGUUUUUUAGUUUAAAUUUAGACGCAUUAUAUACUAGUGAUUUACGACAGAUACGGCGCCAUUCCGAUCCUUUUUUAAUCCGAUUGCGGUAUAAUCUACCUGUAAUAUAACGAUACAGUCAUUAAUUUAUUUAUCUUUUAUGGGUCACAGUUUAAUACACUGCCGUCAUACGAUAUUCUGGCAGACCGAUCUAAACUGAAACAAGAAAAUGUUGCUAUUGCUUGGCAACUAAUCUUUUGUCUAUAUAUAAAAAUUGUUUGUGAAACAUGUUCUAUUGCCAUGCGAAAAAUUUUUUUAUCACAGUUAAGA